AUGUCGCUGGCCACAGUCUAUGGACUCUUGAUGCUGCUGGUGGGAAAGCACAGCCCCUGGGCCUGCAUGGUGGUCACCCUCACUUUGGCCAUCUUCCUUAGCUUGGGCAUGGCGUUCUCUCACCAAGUCCGGGUCACCGUCUUCCUGCUGCUGCCCCAGGCCUUCUCCUCUCAGGGCCGGACUUUGCUCUUGGUGGCUUCCUUUGGACUGGUGCUGCAAGGCCCUUGUGCCAAUACCCUACGCAACUUCACUCGGGCCAGUGAGGCUGUGGCCUGUGGGACAGAGCUGGCCUUGAACCAGACGGCUGAAAUGCUGGAGCGGGCCAAGCAGCCCCUCAUCGGUGCCCUGAACAAAAUUAAAGCCAUUGUCCAGAAGACCAAGGAGGUGGCUGACCGGGUCCGCAAGUUCUUUCGGUCAAUCAUGGAUGGUGUGAAGCAUAUAGCCAGGGCUCUGCAGAACGUCUGGCACUGGCUCGUGCACAUCGGUGACGUGUGCAACUCUGAGCUGGGGAACCCCUACACUAAGUGUGCACGCGUCUUUGACAAUGCCAAGGACAACUGUAUCACUGUCAUCCCCCUUAUCUACCACCUGUGCUAUAUCCUCGUGCCCUUCAAGUUGAUCCUCUGCGGACUUGCCAGCGUGAUCCAGCUGUUCUGUAUCAUCCCCAAGUACAUUCAACCCUUCUUGAAAAAGACCAUCGGAACCCCUCUGAGGAACAUAGUUGAUCGGGUGCGUCGAGAGUUCGAGUUCAACGUGACAGCCAACCACCACUUCUUUGUGGAUCUCAAUGCCUCUCGGAGCCUGUCCCAGGUAGCGCAGGACCUCAGCGAGGCCAUCAGCAUGAAGCUGCACGGCGUCCGGGAUGUCAUGUCUAUGAUGGGCUACACCACAUCGCUACUGCUCGCGUUUCUCUACCUCCAAGCCCUGCUUUACCGGUAUCGUUACCUGACCAAGGAUCACUUUGACAACAUCUACAUUACCAGCCGGUUCAUGCGCAUGGAGGCGGUGCGCUCCAAGGCAGGACUGACCACCGUGAUGCCACUCAGUGCCCACGAGGCCACGCAAUACAUCCAGACAGGCUCCAUCUUCUUGUCCCAGCGGGAACAAGUUUUUUACAUUCUGGCGACCUUUGACCUGAUCCGGCACUUCUUCCUCGCGCUGCUUCUGGUCUUCUUGGACUACUCCGUCUUCUGGGUGCUGGAUCUGGCCCGGCACCAGCUGCAGGGGGAGAUCGUGGCCCGCAGCCCUGUGUUAGUUUCCAUCAACGUGGAAGGUGUCGGCUACACUGGGAGGAUUUACCGGGAUCUGGUUUCCGCGUUUGACGUCCUGCAGCAAGGCAACAUCAGCGUCUUGUCACAGCGCUGUGCCCUGCGUCCCUCAGAGCCUGACAGCAAGGUUUACCUCUCCAUUGGAGUCAUGUAUGGCCUGUGCUUCUUUGUCACCUUGUUUGGCAACUACGUCAGUCGGCUUCGUCGGGUCAUCUGCGCCUCUUACUACCCGUCCAGGGAGCAGGAGAGGGUCACCUACCUCUACAAUGAACUUCUGAGCCGCAGAAGCAACCUGUCGUCUGCCUUGCACCGAUCAGUACUGCGGCGGGCAGCUGACCAGGGCCAUGAGAGUGUCCUCCUGGUGCUGGCCAAGUGGUGCCCCUGUCUGGCUCCCUUUAUUAAGAAGUCUUGGCGGCACCAGAUCUUAUGCUUGGGCUGUGGACAGCCUCAGGAUGAGGGGGACAUGGAGAAAUUUGUGUCCUGCAGUACUCCAGGCUGCAAAGGCAUCUUCUGCUCCACCUGCUUCGGCCUCCUAAACAACACCUGCUCAGUGUGUGCGUCCCCGCUUUCCUACCAGGGGCAGCUGGACAUAGAGCUGGACUCCAGUGACGAAGAUGGUCCUCGGCUGUGGCUGGCUGCAGCUCGAAAGAAAGACCCCAAGCAGGAGCGGCUACUGCGACGGCAACUCCAGGAGGCACUGGGCAGGAAGCUCAGGAGCUUCUCCUCAGAGUCCAGCUCCGAGCUCAGUGACCAGGAUGAGAAUUGGCCCAAGAAGAGGAAGCACAAGCUGCUGCCCCCAUACAAGACCCAGUCUGUUCACAUUCCCAUGCCUCCUCAGAACCCCUGA